CAACCGGGCGGAGGCGCACCCCAGGGCGCAUGCGUGCUGUGCGGCGCGGUGUCAGGGAAGGUGGGGCUAUGGCAGCUGCUAGGGACCCUCCGGAAGUAUCGCUGCGAGAAGCCACCCAGCGAAAAUUGCGGAGGUUUUCCGAGCUGAGAGGCAAACUUGUAGCACGUGGAGAAUUCUGGGACAUAGUUGCAAUAACAGCGGCUGAUGAAAAACAGGAACUUGCUUACAACCAACAGCUGUCAGAAAAGCUGAAAAGAAAGGAGUUACCCCUUGGAGUUCAAUAUCACGUUUUUGUAGAUCCUGCUGGAGCCAAAAUUGGAAAUGGAGGAUCAACACUUUGUGCCCUUCAAUGUUUGGAAAAGCUAUAUGGAGAUAAAUGGAAUUCUUUUACCAUCUUAUUAAUUCACUCUGGUGGCUACAGUCAACGACUUCCAAAUGCAAGUGCUCUGGGAAAAAUUUUCACUGCUUUACCUCUUGGUAACCCCAUUUAUCAGAUGCUAGAAUUGAAACUAGCCAUGUACAUUGAUUUCCCCUUAAAUAUGAAUCCUGGAAUUCUGGUUACCUGUGCAGAUGAUAUUGAACUUUAUAGUAUUGGAGAAUUUGAGUUUAUUAGGUUUGACAAACCUGGCUUUACUGCUUUAGCUCAUCCUUCUAGUUUGACGAUAGGUACCACACAUGGAGUAUUUGUCUUAGAUCCUUUUGAUGAUUUAAAACAUAGAGACCUUGAAUACAGGUCUUGCCAUCGUUUCCUUCAUAAGCCCAGCAUAGAAAAGAUGUAUCAGUUUAAUGCUGUGUGUAGACCUGGAAAUUUUUGUCAACAGGACUUUGCUGGGGGUGACAUUGCCGAUCUUAAAUUAGACUCUGACUAUGUCUACACAGAUAGCCUAUUUUAUAUGGAUCAUAAAUCAGCAAAAAUGUUACUUGCUUUUUAUGAAAAAAUAGGCACACUGAGCUGUGAAAUAGAUGCCUAUGGUGACUUUCUGCAGGCUUUGGGACCUGGAGCAACUGUGGAGUACACCAGAAACACAUCAAAUGUCAUUAAAGAAGAGUCAGAGUUGGUAGAAAUGAGGCAGAGAAUAUUUCAUCUUCUUAAAGGAACAUCACUAAAUGUUGUUGUUCUUAAUAACUCCAAAUUUUAUCACAUUGGAACAACCGAAGAAUAUUUGUUUUACUUUACCUCAGAUAACAGUUUAAAGUCGGAGCUCGGCUUACAGUCCAUAACUUUUAGUAUCUUUCCAGAUAUACCUGAAUGCUCUGGCAAAACAUCCUGUAUCAUUCAAAGCAUACUGGAUUCAAGAUGUUCUGUGGCACCUGGCUCAGUUGUGGAGUAUUCCAGAUUGGGGCCUGAUGUUUCAGUUGGGGAAAACUGCAUUAUUAGUGGUUCUUACAUCCUAACAAAAGCUGCCCUCCCCGCACAUUCUUUUGUAUGUUCCUUAAGCUUAAAGAUGAAUAGAUGCUUAAAGUAUGCAACUAUGGCAUUUGGAGUGCAAGACAACUUGAAAAAGAGUGUGAAAACAUUGUCAGAUAUAAAGUUACUUCAAUUCUUUGGAGUCUGUUUCCUGUCAUGCUUAGAUGUUUGGAAUCUUAAAGUUACAGAGGAACUGUUCUCUGGUAACAAGACCUGUCUGAGUUUGUGGACUGCACGCAUUUUCCCAGUUUGUUCUUCUUUGAGUGACUCAGUUACAACAUCCCUAAAGAUGUUAAAUGCUGUUAAGAACAAGUCAGCAUUCAGCCUGAAUAGCUAUAAGUUGCUGUCCAUUGAAGAAAUGCUUAUCUACAAAGAUGUAGAAGAUAUGAUAACUUACAGGGAACAAAUUUUUCUAGAAAUCAGUUUAAAAGGCAGUUUGAUGUAGAGAUAUUUUAAAUAUUGUACACUUUGCCUUUUUGAGUAACAUUCCAGAGAUAGGUAUUUUUUGUAGGCUGUUUCACUGAACUCAGUUAAUGAAAACUGUAUUAACAUAAUUGUUGUAGCAUAAUAUUAAUAGUGCAAAAGUACAUAUAAAUCAUUUUGAUGAAAAAUAUUCCAAGACUAAGUUGAGAAAAGAGAUACUAUUUUGGAUGUGUAUCAGUAUUUUUGUUUUUAAUAAUGAUUGAUUUGUGGAGCAUUGUUUUUUCACAUAAUUAGUUUUAAAGGUAAUUUUCUAAGCAUACCUUUGGAAUUUUUCCAUCUUUUUUGAGGCUUUUGGUCCAGUGAAGUUCUAAGUAUUCACUGGCACUUCUCUCCUCAACUGUAAUUCUAUUUUUAAUAAUAAAAAUGGCAUACUGUAGGGUCUUCAGAGUAGUGUAGGAAUACUGUAGAAAUACUUUUUCAGAAACGAAUCCAUAGCUGACAAAUUCACUCAGUGCCCAAUAUAUUGUGAUUAUUUUCGUUGAUAAAGAACUAGAUAACAAAGACCUCUGAAAUUGAUGAUAAAAUUUGUAUCUCAUUAAUUUUAUCAAAAUGAAACUAAAAGUACAUAUGUAUUAUACACUUGAACAUGUGUUUGUGUAUCUUUAAAAUUUUCCUUUAUGUUCCAUUCCAUAGGAAAACACACAUAUGCACACAAAACUCAGUUAUCUGUGGGGAAAGUGGUAGUAAUAAUUGAGAUUCAUCAAUAAUCAUAUAAUUUCACUAUAGACAUUACUUGCAUUAUCUCCUAUCAGUCCUUCUUACAAAACUUAAAUUACCAGAUGAACUGACUUUAGUUUUCAUCUUAUUUUUUGUCCACAUGCUGGUGAUGCUGAGAAACAAUAAUUGGCCUAAAUGCAGACAUCAAGAAGCAGGCAGGAAAAUGGAAAAACUGAGAUAAUACACAGGUGAUAAACAGUUUCAAGAAAAUAAAAAUUGGCUAGAAUCUCAAGUUAUGUGUUUCUAUAUUGGUAUAAGCAUAUAAGUGAAAAGUCUUUUAAGUGUAAUAGAGAAAAGAUUUGUCAGUGUGUUUUUUUAAAUGAAAUAACUAGUCUGUGCUACUUUAUGUCAAUAUAAAAAUUGGUAAACUAGAAGUAACUUGUCCACAACCCUCAGUUAUGAUACUUAUGUGCAUGUUUUUUUUUUCCAAAGUUUUUCCCAAGGAGAAGAUACAAAUAUAUGGUAGCUAUUGUUUAAAAAUGAUUGAUUUACUUGCAGAUUUUUCAGAGGAUGUUAUGUCUUUGUCAUUCAUUAAAUGUUCAAAAUUGUAGUUUUACCAAAUCUGAAGUGCCAUCAGUUAUAAGAAUCAUCAUUAUUUUAUGUUCCAUUAAGAAAAACACAAUAAAACAUGACACUGCUUUUUUUGUUACUUGAAA